GCAGGGUAGGGGGCGCAGACUGUUUUUUAGCUUAGCUGUUUUUCUGGUCGGUGCUUCCCAAGGUUUCUCGUUUCUCUUCUUUUUCGGGUUGGUGUUUUUGGGUGGGUUUCAUUUACUAUCGUAAAUAUUAUUAUGAUUAUCUCGAUUACCAUGUUCCUUGUGUAAAAGUGGUCAAAGAGUGAUAAUUAUUUUCCUACUAUUUUUUUUCACUUGUACUUAAUUAAAUCAUAAUGGGAUUCGACGAAGGUCGAAUGGUUCUGGAUAGCCCAAAUGGAACUUAUUAUUCAGGGCAGAUGGUUAAAGGAAGACUGAUAUUUCAACAAGACAAAGUUAAAACUUUUCGCGGUCUAUUUGUGAAGUUAAAAGGAUUCUGCCAUGUACACUGGACAACGACACGUACUAGAACUGUGAAUGGCAAAUCACAAUCUUAUACAGUGCACCAUAAUUCCCACGAGGAAUAUAUCAAUGCCAAGGUGUAUUUGGUUGGUGGUGAAUCAGGAGAGCACUCAAUUGGGGUAGGCCAACAUGAGUAUUCGUUCCAAUUCCAUCUGCCAAACAACUGUCCAUCAUCAUUUGAAGGAGACUAUGGUCACAUUCGGUAUGAGAUCAAGGCAGUGGUGGACCGAGCCUUCAAGUUUGACCAGGAGAAGAAGAUAGCUGUUAGAGUUAUGUGUCCUUUGGAUCUCAAUUUGGAGCCUUAUUGUAGAGAGCCCAUAGAGCUGCAGUUUGAAGAGACUUACUGCUGCUGCUGUUCAACAUCUGGCGUGUGUGACGUGUCGGUGAAGCUGCCCGUGGCGGGCUACUGUCCCGGGCAGGUCAUCCCCGUCGAGGUGGUCUGCAGCAACAAGGGCGGUGUGCAGAUAGACGACAUCAAGCUCUACAUCACUAAGAAAGUGGUAUUCAUAGCGACAAGCGAGCCUGGCCGAAGAAAAUGCAAGGACACCGUGGUGGAGAUCAAGAAGGGGCCCAUACCCGGCAACACCAACCGCAACUGGACCGUAGAGAUGGAGGUGCCUGCCAUGGACGUGUACAAUUUGUCCCAUUGCCAGUAUAUCAAACUGGAGUACGCAUUCAAAGUUGUUGUUAGCCCUGAUGGGUGUCACUCUGACUCGAAAGAGACCCGUAGGCUUGUUAUAGGCACCAUCCCUCUUGUGGGAUUCCAAGACAAUGUACAGAACCCACUGCAUGACCAACUGCCACAACCGAUCCCUCAACCCGUGUCUUCCUAUCCACCAAUUAUUAAUGCUUACCCUGAGGGUAACCCACCCCAACCCCUAAAUCCACCUUUCCCAACCCCACAACCGUAUCCCGGAAAUUCGCCAUACCCCUCCGCUAAUCCUUACCCGAAUGGUAAUCAACCAAAUCCACCAUAUCCUCCUACAAGCUCACCAUAUCCUCCAAACAGCUCACCAUAUCCUCCGAACAGCUCACCAUAUCCUCCUAACAGCUCACCGUAUCCUCCUGACCGAUCAUCUUUCCCUUCUUCAAAUCCACCGUACCCUAACGUAACUCCUUACCGGGACAAUCCUCCGCCUUACCCUGGUAAUUUAACUGGUCCUGGAUCUAACCCGCCUUACCCCGUUGAAAAUCCGCCAUACCCUAGUGAAAAGACACCUCUCCAAGAUGGGAAUUCGGCUAAUCCUGGUGCAAAUCCACAUUACCCUGGUGCCAAUCCGCCUUACCCGGUCACAAAUUCGCCAUACCCACCACAAAAUGUGCCAUAUGAAACAAAGUCGAACCCAAGUCCUGGAAAUAUUCGAGGAUUAAAAACUGGCAAUCUUGGAUUUACGGUUCCAACUGGCGGAUCUGGAAUGAAUUUAUCUCCUAUGCCACCUAAUAAUCCUGUUUCGCCACGUCCCGCGAGCCCGUACGCGACUGCGAGCGCGCCCGCACCCGACUCGCCCGACGUUCUUCCUGAAAGUGAAAAAAGAUUAAUCAUCCAGUUUACCCGAUCGCCUCAGAAGUCUAUGAAUCUCAAACGUCGUCUGUACAAGUUGGUAAGAAAAUAAAACGGCUCAGACAGACUAGUCACCAAGGAAAUGCUAUAAUUUAGCAGAGAUCAUUGAACAUUGUUAAAAGGAUCCAACCCACACAGGGCUACUUUUUAUGUUUAACUUUAAACUUCGCUUCUGUCGGAUGUCCGACAAUACCUCACGUUUACGAUACGUUUUUCUUUUUCUAAUAUUUUACUAUGUUUUAUUGUUACUCAUAUGAGCGAGCAAGAUAGAGUGUAAGUGUAAUGCACAAUGCGUAAGAAUUCGCUUCUGUCGGAUGUCCUACGAUACCUCACGUUUACGAUACGUUUUUCUUUUUCUAAUAUUUUACUAUGUUUUAUUGUUACUCAUAUGAGCGAGCAAGAUAGAGUGUAAGUGUAAUGCACAAUGCGUAAGAAUUCGCUUCUGUCGGAUGUCCUACGAUACCUCGCGUUUACGAUCCGUUUUUCUUUUUAUAAUUUUAUCGUGAGUGCCUCACGAGUGCCUUAAAUAACAUUUUUUAUAAAGUUGUUAAAUGUUGAUGCCUCAGUAUUAAUGUAUACAGGAUGUUGAAAUUUUAUACUCGUAUAUCUAAAGUUGGUCUCAAGUAUGUUUUUAUAAAAAUAAAACAGAUAUAUUGAGCUAAUAUAGCUGUCCAAUAUAUUUAACUACGUAUAAUAUACUUUUUUUAUAAAUUUCAGAAAUAAUAUUAUCUGAAAUAAACGUAAACAUUAUAUUAUACUUACGCUUUGAUAAUAAUUAUAUACCUACAAUCUACAUAGAUACCUAUUACAAUAAUCUUCAUUGGAAUAAUAUUUUUUAUUAAUCUAUUUUAACUCGACAAUUAAAUUUUUCUACCUCACUCAAUCUUUGGUACAUUAUUCCUAUUACAACAUAACAAAGUACAUACUACAGUAAGAGCCCCUUAACACUAGCGUUGCGUUCGUCGAAUGUAUGACGCCGCGACUAAGCGACGUAAACUCUGAUAACUAAUCUAGCGACACUCAGGUUGAAAUCUAUAGACCGCACUUUGACUUUCCUUAGACUCAAAUUUCAAUUAAAACGAGACAGAUUUAUGCCAGCGGUAUAACGCUGUCUCGUUUUAACAUUGUCUUAAAUCUGAGCAAAGUAAAGUGUGCUCUAUAGAUCUGAGCCUCAGAAGCCGCGUGAUUACGUAAUCGUUAUGUUAUUAUCAUUAGUCAUUAACUAAAUCGAUUUCAACGAGGAAACUAUAGUUGGCUUUAAUAAUACCAAUAUAAAUCCCAUACAACCAAAUACAAUGCAAAAUAAAAAUCUAAUGCCUGCUUUGAAAAAUAUAUUUAAGAAUCGAAAAAAAAAGAUAGGCUAUGGGAGAGACCUGUUUACGGAAUUUUCAACCAAGUGAAAGUGAUUAUUAUUUUGUAUUGUAGACAUCCAUUUCAUAACUUAUGUUCGGUAAUCGCGAUUGUACAUUAGGCACGCGCGGCGCUAUCCAUCGUUCGUUCGUCCAACGUUGCUUUGUUGAACAUAUGCCUAUGCAUAUGCUCCACAAAUGACAAUGCUGGCCAAACUCUAGUGUGAAAGGACUUUAAUGGUUCUCAUAAAAACAAAUUGUCUAAAGACUACCAAAUCAGAUUUUUUUUACUGGGCAUUUAUAUAUGCAUUUAUGGUAAUGUAUAACAGUAUAAGUAGUAUUAAAUAAUACUCAAUUAAAUGUCAAACAUAUUUUUAUUUAUUACAUCUUUAUAUGUUGUUAAUAUUUUUUCCUGUUGAUGAAUAUUUUAAAAUUUUAAAAUUUUAAUUAUAAAAUUGUAAUUCACACAAGUGUAGAAAUAAAUUGUAUAAGGCAUGUUUCUACUUAUAAAUAUGUUAUCCUAUAUCAUAGAUUUAUUGAGAUAAGAUUAUUUUCACAUAAUAUUAUUGUAUUAUUAUGUAAGAGAAAAGUGUAGCUGAUCUUAAAGCACUCAUGUACUAAUUUAUAUAAAGCUUGAAUUUAGUUUAGAUUUCUUUGUCAUAUAUUCACUAGUCGAUAUAUUUGAAUGGUAUAUUCUAAAUUUGGAUGGGAAUUAUUGAAGUUGUAUAAUAAUUAAUUUUCAAUUUGGCUAUUUUUCAUAUGGCUAUACUUUGGUUGUCUUUAGUUUUCUUAAAAGGUAAACAAGUAGCUUCACACUGAAAUGCGUAAGAGGCUGAGACGCGAACUGACAAUGAAGUGAACAAUACCUUAUACCAGAAACCGAGCAAAUCGCGUCGCUUACGCGUUUCUCUGAAUACGUUCCUGCGAUUUGUUUAUUUUUUUAAGCAAACUAAGGAAUAAUCAUGGAAUAAUGGACUUUAUUAUAUGUUUGUCAAAAAAUGGUGCUGAUAAAAAAUGUAUUAGGUAAGUAAUUAAUGAAGUUUACCUGCUUAAUUAAGUUAUAAAUUGUAAGAAUAAGACUUAAUAAGUUUUUUUCGGCACAAAAAUAGAACACGCUGUGUCUUGAAUUUAAAAUAAACUACCUUAUACGGGCCAUUUAUGUAAAAUUAUUCUACUUAACUAUUAAUUUUUUGAUCGCUUUUUAAAUGUUAAUGUUUACAAAUAAUACUAUAAAGGUAAAUGGAAAAUAAAUAGUUUUAUUAUGUACACAUA